GCCGAGUCCUCCAACUUCCGACGUGGCAGACUUGAUCACAUCUAUUUUUUUCUCCUUGCUCAAUUCUCUCACAAAGGAAAGAACACUGUUGCAGAAAAUGAGAGAGCAAAGCUGACUCUUUCUCUCACGGCUACCGCGACCUUCAUGUUCCCUUUCGUUGACCGCCGGCCCCAAAUUCUCCGAUUUCCUCCUAAUCGGACCUUUCUAUAUUAUAUAUACAACGAUCUCCGUUCUCUAAGCUCAAGAUCAAGCGUCUAAAACAAUCCAUUCACCAACUCUCUCCACUUCCUCACUUUCUGUUGCUCCGUCGGAAUCUCCACGCCAUCGCCGAUUCUCUGCGAUCCGGAACGGUUGUUGCGGUCCUGCUGAUUCGGAGAUCGCCGAUAGAGAGGUAAAGGAAGGAGCGGCAACGACGUCGUUGUUGAGAGAGGGAGCGAUGGGAGGGUUGGACGUUGACGGACGAUUAGCGACGAGGUUCUGGACGAAGUUCAAGAACGAGUCGGUUUUUGCUCUGUACACUCCGUUCUUCGUCUGUUUGGCGUCCGGCAAUCUGGAGACCGCCACCUUCCUUCACUUCAUUUCUCAGGAUGUUCAUUUACUCAAUGCGUUCGCUCAGGCGUAUGAAUUGGCUGAGGAUUGUGCAGACGAUGAAGAAGACAAGAAUGCAAUACGUAAGUUGAGGAUACGUAUGAAAGACAAGAUUAAAUCCUUUGAUUCUAUCGUCCGAGAUUGGGGCUUUGAACUGCCAACAGAGUGCACCGCCAACAAUCCAACAGUCAAAUAUACAGAUUUUUUGUUGGCAACAGCCUCAGGUAAAAUUGGAGAAGAAAAAGUUCCUGGUAAAAUUGCUACUCCUUUCGAGAAGACAAAAGUUGCAGCUUAUACACUUGGCGCAAUUGCACCCUGUUUGAGACUCUUUUCCUUUAUACAUAAAGAGAUCCAGGCUCUUCUAGACCCUAGUGAUAACAGUCACAUUUACAAGAAGUGGAUUGAUAGCUAUUGCUCAGAAAAUUUUGAGGCCUCUGUCAUGCAAGCUGAAGACUUGCUGGAUGCACUAAGUGUCUCUUUAACAAGUGAAGAACUUGAAGUCAUAGAGAAACUCUAUCAUCAAGCUAUGGGACUUGAAGUAGAUUUCUUCUCUUCUCAACCUAUUGCCCAGCAAAUAGUAGUCCCUUUAUCACAACUGCAAGAACCUGUCAGUGGCCAGCUCACCAUAUUCUGUGACUUUGACUUGACUUGCACUGCUUUUGAUUCUUCUGCAAUUUUAGCAGAGAUAGCAAUUGUAACAGCACCAAAGGUUGGUCCUGAUGGAUCUCAAACCCAUCUCACUCGGAUGUCAUCAGCUGAUUUGAAAAUCAAAUGGAGUGCUCUUUCUGCUCAAUACACUGAAGAGUUUGAACAAUGCAUGGAAAGCAUCACCCCUCAUACAGGAAGGGAAUUUAAUUAUGAAGGUUUGUGUGAAGCCCUUGAGCAAUUUUCUGAUUUUGAGAAGAAAGCAAAUUUAAGGGUUGUUCAGUCAGGAGUGUUAAAGGGGUUGAAUCAAGAGGGGAUAAAACGAGCUGGUCAGAGCCUGAUCCUUCAAGAUGGUUGCAGAGAGUUCUUCACCAAGCUUCUGAAAAAUGAAAAUAUUAAAACUGAUGUUCAUGUACUUUCAUACUGUUGGUGUGGAGAUCUUAUCCGGUCAGCUUUUUCAUCAGGAGAUCUAAAUGCACUGAACAUAUACUCCAAUGAGUUAUCUUACGAGGAGUCCAUAUCCACUGGUGAGAUAGUUAAGAAAGUGGAGUCUCCCAUGGAAAAGCUUCAAGCCUUUCGUAACAUUUUAAGGAAACGCAACAAUGAUGGCCAGAACUUAGCAAUUUAUGUUGGAGCUUCAAUUGGUGAUUUACUCUGCUUGCUUGAGGCAGAUGUAGGCAUUGUGAUGUGUUCAAGUCCAAGCCUGAGAAGAUUGGGAGACCAAUUUGGUGUUUCCUUUGUCCCAUUGUUUUCUGGUUUGGUGGAGAAGCAGAAACAACUAGUUGAAGGUAGUUCUUCUACUUGGAAAGGGCUUUCUGGCAUUUUAUAUACAGUCUCUAGUUGGGCUGAGAUACAUGCAUUUAUCCUGGGUUCAUAGUGAUUAUAAAACUGUCUAUAGGGUUGUUUUUCCCUUAUUUUCAUCUUUUUCUCCGUAAAGGGUGUCUUCUUAUUUAUUAGACAAAACCCGAAGGGAAAUUAUUUACUUGUAUGAUAUAUAGAGUGUUGAAGAUGGCUAAUUUUACCAGCAGCCACCAUUGUGCCCUUUAAUUCCUCUUCUUUAGGGAAUGGCUUUGAGAAAUAUACGCAUUACAUGGUCCAGUUACUUAAGAGAUUAUCGGAAAUGUUUGAUUUAUCUGCUCAUUUUUUGCUAAAUGUUUCUCAAUUCUUUCACUACCUUACAUAGAAUUUAUGCUUUCAUUCUGUCUUAAUAUGGUUUAUAAAUUAGAAUGUGCAUA